GGGAGAGAUUUAAAGGGCGUUCCGCUCCCAGAGCUGGCCCCACGACUCAUUUUACCCCGUCGAUCUCCGUGCUAUUCCCUUCUCUCCUCAUACCAUGGCUGCUCCGCUCUUUGAUUGUUUGAUUGUCGGUGGGGGUCCUGCUGGCCUGGCUGCUGCCCUCGGUCUCUGUCGGGCGAUCCGCACGGCGGUUGUUUUUGACUCCAAGAGUUACCGCAACCCGACCGAGCAUAUGCACAAUGUCUCCACCUGGGAUCAUGCCAAUCCCCAUGACUACCGGCUCGCCGCGCGCAAAGAGCUGACCGAGGGCCGUUACAACACCGUGACGCUGGCUGACGUGGCCUUGCACAAGAUCUGGAAGCUCGACUCCGGUGAGUUCGAGGCCACUGAUGCUGUCGGCAAGGUCUGGAAGGGGCGGAAGUUGAUCCUGGCCACCGGUGUGAAGGAUGAGAUCCCGGAGCUGCCAGGAUAUGCCGACUGCUGGUCCAAGUCCAUCUACCACUGCCUCUUCUGCCACGGAUUCGAAGAGCGCGGUGCCCCCUCCGUCGGCGUCCUGGCCAUUGGCCCGGUUGCCAACCCCAAACCCGCCGAACAUCUCUCUCGACUCGCCCACAACCUUGCCAAGACCGUCACCAUCUAUACCAAUGGCAAUGGGGAGCUCGCAGCGCAGCUCCGCCCUUCGAUCGAGAAGGACCAAUGGUUGACCCUGGACAACCGGGUCAUCAAGCAACUCCACAAGACUGACGGCAUUCCCGUCCGGGUGGAGCUGGAGGAUGGCACCACGAAGGAGGAGGGGUUCUUGGUUCAUGCCAUGAAGACGACGCCGCGCUUGGACUUCGAGCAUAACCUGAACUUGGAGCUCUCGGCGCAGGGCACAGAGCUCGUGGCGAGUCCUCCCUUCAGUGAGACCACCACACCGGGCUGCUUCGCCACGGGCGACUGCGGCAUGGCCAUCAAGGCGGCCAGUAUGUCCAUGAGUAAUGGAUCGCUGGCAGCGGUGGGUGUGGUCUCGCAGCUGGCGUUUGAUGAGAAGGCGAAAUAAGUGUGAUAUCCAAGUGGAAGUAGUUCAUGAGCGAGUCCUUUGUUAUAAUAAUUUCCUUAUCCAGUGAACCUGUGUCGAAGCCGCGUCUGUAAUUAUAUUGUGGUAAUUUCGUCAAGACAACAUGUAGAUAUUAGUGGCUUAGAGAUGAGUGGAGAGUCUGUAAAUCAUUUUACCCCAA